AACGGCCCGAGCUCGGUCCUACUCCCUCCCGACUCCCCAACUCCCUCCUAAAAACUCAGUGGCUUCAAUAAUCUUUCAAUCCCUUCCCCCACUUCUCUUCUCCCAAUCAAGAAGACAAAGAAAGUGCGAGAAAGUGAGUUUGUGUAAUUCCGGAUGGCGAACCUACCUCAAUCUCUCUCGUCCAUCAAUUCUCCGUUCGGCGGCCCCGUUUCGCCGGCUCCCAGCGCCAUCGGCACUCAAGGAAACAAGGAACGUAAGAUGCAAUCGGCCGAGCAGUUGGUGCUCGAUCUCAGCAACCCAGAUCUCCGAGAGAACGCUCUGGUCGAGCUAUCCAAGAAGAGAGAAUUAUUUCAAGAUUUGGCUCCAUUGUUGUGGAACUCCUUUGGUACUAUUGCUGCACUCUUACAGGAGAUAGUUUCAAUAUACCCUGUUUUAUCACCACCAAACCUUACCCCAGCACAAUCGAAUAGAGUUUGCAAUGCACUUGCCCUUCUCCAGUGUGUGGCCUCACACCCAGAAACGAGAAUGUCAUUCCUCAAUGCGCAUAUUCCAUUAUAUCUGUACCCUUUCCUUAAUACAACAAGUAAAUCCAGGCCAUUUGAGUAUCUAAGGCUUACUUCCUUGGGCGUCAUUGGUGCUUUGGUGAAGGUUGAUGAUACGGAGGUUAUCAGUUUUCUUCUCUCUACAGAAAUAAUUCCUCUGUGCCUAAGGACAAUGGAGAUGGGUAGUGAACUGUCAAAAACAGUUGCCACAUUUAUUGUUCAAAAAAUUUUAUUGGAUGAUGUGGGCCUGGAUUAUAUAUGUACAACGGCAGAGCGUUUUUUUGCUGUAGGCCGAGUAUUGGGGAAUAUGGUGGCUGCACUUGCUGAACAGCCCUCGUCACGCCUGCUAAAGCAUAUUAUCCGCUGUUAUCUUCGCCUAUCUGACAACCCAAGGGCUUGUGAUGCGCUGAGAAGCUGUCUACCAGACAUGCUGAGGGACGGCACCUUCAGUCCUGCCCUUCGUGAAGAUGCAACAACAAGAAGGUGGUUGCAGCAGUUGCUUCACAACGUGCAGGUACCUCGGGUUGCAUUGCAGGCUGGAGUAGGAUUCGAUCAUAUGCUGGUGAAUUAAGAAUUGGAUGGAUGGAUGGAUGGAAGACUCCCUUCCUUUUGCUUUUGGGUUUUGGUAUUACUGUGUGAAUUAUUAAUUAUGUGUGUCUUAUAUAUCAUAAAGUGGGUAAUUUCACUGUAAUUAUACGAAUUAAUGAAUGGUCCUGCUGUGGACUGGUGGUGGACCCAAAACAGAUAUCUCCCUGUUGAUUGGUUUGUACUUAUGGCUAAAGGUAAUAGUUAGUUAUUCA